UGCGCUAGGCCGCGCGUUUGCCGAGCACGCCGAGGGCGCCUGCUUGUAUUGUAUCCCUCCUUGGUCCGCUUGCCGAUUAUUGACCUGCACUUGCAUUGUGGCUAUGAAACGAAAAGCUGCGCCAGAACCCUCGAACAGGCCUCUGUCGGCGUGGGAGCGCCGGCGGUUAUACUCAAACCAGCUGCGAGAAAAAACGAUGCUUCGUACUCCGGAACUCUCCCGCGCAAAUGGAACAACCCCUACGAGUUCGAACAAACCCGGGCGCCGAAAAUCUUCUUGCCCUGCAUCAAGAAGGAAAUCGCCUAAAGCAGCACAAUCUCUCGCUGCAAGAAGUCAGCAUGCCAGAAAUCUCAUGUCCAUAAUGAAACCAAAGGCCUCGAGUCAAUCGGUGCGAGCUAAGGCAGCUUCUGCAGUGCACGUGGCACCACCAUCAUCCAAGAGAGCCGAGGCACUCACUUGCAAGCCUACAGCAGCCACUAAAGUGCAUGACAAAAAGUGUGCCCCUACAAAGUUUCUACCACCGAAACGGAAGCCAUCUGUAGAGGUUUCCUUAGCACAACGCAAAGUUGAACUGGUCAGAACUGCCCUAACUCACACAAAGGUUGUGAAAGCAUCCCAGGCAGUUGAAGCUCAGAAACGAUCUCGCCCGCAAGUGAAAGUUUGCAGGCAGUCAGUGAAGACACUUAGUGACAAAACACCUCGUGGACCAUCGGGGAGCAAGCUUAAAAAGAGAGCAGCCUGCGAUGAGAUGGCGAAAACUGGAAGCAGUAGUUCGACACCGUCGUGUUCAGUGAUGGUCGAAAAGGUUGCUUUAAGUGAACUAGCCGACAGUUCGAGCGGCAGCACACCUUACCACACUGCCCACAGUAUCUGCCUCUCUUCGGACGACAGCGUUUCUCCAGUUGGCAAAAGAAAGCUCACACCGCUCCAUUCUUCUUCACCGGUGAAGACUCCUGACCAAACGCCUGCCACGGAGCUCAAUGACACGUUCACACUGGAAAGCCCAAAGAAAAGGAGCUCCAAAAAGCCGCCUUCAUCCUGCCUUCGCAAAGGCACGUCUUGCGUCAAGAAGUCUGUGUCCUUUACGAUGCCAGCACGACAGAGCGGCACACCAAAAAGGUUACCCAAGACUCCCAGACGCAGCCGCACAUUGCAGGAAUCCCUGAAGGAGUGGCUGAAGGCCCGGGGCUACAGUCUGUCAGCUCUGCGGCAGUCCCAUGGACACAAUGCGCAGCAUCAGCUGGGGCUUACUCCAUUCAAGGCGGUUCGAAGAACAGCCUUGAGGUCAGCAGAAAACCAGGCAUUGGGGACGUCUCCUGUGCUGCAAAAGCCUUCGAGGCAUUCGUUACAGCAAACGAGUGAAAGUGACGAGGCAUCAAAACACACCAGCAUUGCUGAUCUUCUGACAGAUCUUCAGCAGUGUUUGAACCAGCCAAAUCCGCCAGAGGAUGCAGAGACAUUGCUCAACCAGCUGGAAGAACAUGUGCCCAGUGUAACGGAUUACCCAGCCUUCUGGAUAUGUCGCUGUGUUUGCUACGAGAAAGCUGGGGACUCAGCUGAAGCUGUAAAAUCACUCACCCUGGGGCUGGACUUUGUCGCUACUGGACGAAAUCAAUUGACUGAAGCCCUGGACAGCCUAAUGAAUAAGGCACCUGUAGCAACUCGCAGCUCGCCCACAAGGAAGCAAGAGCACAAGCUGAGCAGGAAGCCAAACCUCGAGCAUGUGUCAACAGAAAACGUGUUCGCAUCAACAAUUAUCGACUACAAGGUGUACGAGAAGCCUAGCCUGAAUCAGAUCCAUGGCAGACAGUGCACGUCGAGUGUUGCCGUGAUGACUCCCGUGAGAAGGUCGUCUCGAAAUUCCAAGCGCCGUUCCAAUCUCAUAUCGUCACCGCACACCUUACUGUACAAACCAAACUCUGCACUUGAAGAUGUGUAAGAAAUAAAAGUGUUUAUUUCCCCUUUUGGGAGGGUGGCGAA